CCGCCAGCUCGACGCAGUCCGUUUCCCGCGUCUGCUAGCGCUAGCCUGGCCGCAGGUACCUCCGGUACUGACAUGUAAUGUUUAAGUGAUUCUUUCGAUUAUUAUUGUUUGUUUUUUGUUGAGUUGUAUAGGAAGUGUGGGAGUUGUGAAUGUAGGGUCUGUAGGGCUGUGAACGCGACCACGAUUUCGAAAAAGUUGCGAAAAAGUAGAAAUGAUGCUUCAACCUCUGCUCGCCAUUCUUCUCUUCGUCUGUGCAGGAUUAGGCGGAAGACAUCCGGAGCCAUAUUAUGGCCGUCUCAUAGGUCCCUUCAUAACAUAUGCCCAUGGAAUAAAAGGAACCGUUUAUGCCGUGGACGAAAGCACGAUUUUCAUCAAAGGGUUCACGUACGAUGGGACAGGACCCGAUGCUUUCUUCUGGAUAGGAAAUUCGCUGAGGCCCAGUCCGGAGGGCGUUAUUAUUCCAUAUCCGGAUGAUUUCGUGGGCAGGGAGCCUCCGGUAUUACGGGCUUACAACAACACGGACAUAAUCCUCAGGCUGCCGAUGGGUAAAAGAAUUAGAGAUAUCCGAUGGCUCUCCGUUUGGUGCAGACGAUUUACGGUCGAUUUCGGCGAAGUUUUCAUCCCUCCAAACUUAGAAGUACCAAAACCCAGAGUUCUUCCUGAAUUCAAGCGGCUAGCGCACGGCCUUCGCUCAGACAAUAUUAGCAUUUUAGAUGCCAAAACCUUUUACAUACCCAAUUUACACUACGACGGAGCCGGUCCCGAUGCAUAUUUCUGGGUGGGCAACGGAAGCGAACCCUCAGCUUUUGGGAUCAAGGUUCCUAACGAAAUGGGAUCUUUGGAUCCUCUGCGCGGGUACCAAGGGGAGGAUAUCGAGAUCCAGCUUCCCGGGUCUCUGACGGUCUACGACAUCGACUGGUUGGCCGUCUGGUGCGUCCAGUACAGGCACAAUUUCGGGCAUGUCCUCAUCCCGAAGGACCUGGACGUGCCGCCAGCGCUCGGCCAAACCAAAAUUUCCACGAGCACCUCAAAGCCGACGAGUCCUGCUACGAACUGUCGAGAGUUCUUAGACAAACGUUUACAAGUGCGAUGGGAGCUGAAAGGAGAUCAAGUAGAAAUAACGCUGGCUGCCAAAAUCCGUGAAGAUCAAUACGUUGCGUUUGGACUGUCGGGUGCCCCCGAUAAUUCACAAAUGGUCGGCGGCGACGUGACUGUGGCGUUUUACGACACCACCUCUCGAACUUUCAAAGCUGUGGACUACUACAUGUCCCACACCGCCCAAUGCGAUGGCAAGUCUGGCGUAUGUCCAGACGAACGAAUAGGCGGCAGAAACGACGUCACAUUAAUAUCCGGCGAUCGCAAGGACGGAGUAACGAUAAUCACGUACUCGAGGCCGCUUCAAACCAACGAAGCUGUUAACGACAGAUCUAUACCAUCUCAAGGUGAAGUCAGCGUAAUCGCAGCUUUUGGACCGCUUAAUUCCAGAAAGGAAGCGAACGCUCAUUCGAUUCGAGAUAAAACCAAGGAUAAUAACAAGAUCGAUUUCGGCGCGUUUGACGAUAACCAGUGCACGGGAAAUUUGUACGAGCUGGUGGACGAGGCUGGGCCGAAGCCGUGGCCGCCCGCCAAAAUUAUAGGUGAGAACACCUUCACGGCAAAAAUCGGGCCGACCGGCGGCAAACGAGGCUACACCGCCCUCACCAAACACCCUUCUUGGGGAAUCGCCUGGUACAUCAACGAUCUCCUCAUUCCCGAAAUAACGGUGGAAAGGGGGCAGAGUUAUACCUUCAUUGUUGAAGGAGGCAGUGACAACAGCAAUCCUGCCAGGUACCAUCCUUUCUAUAUCACGGAUUCCUCUGAAGGAGGGUUUGGGCAGAAAACUGAAGAACAGCAAAAGGAGCAGAAGGUCUUUGCUGGGGUCGAGUACGAUCGGGAUCAUUAUCCCUAUCCUACAGCCUACGGGCGGUACUGUGAAUGGGCUCACAAGAACGUCGACAAGGCUCUGGAGUCGGAAACGUUCGAAGAGUACAUGAAGACGUUGAGGUUGGAGUGUGAUCAAGGUGAACCGGGAGUUCUCAACUGGACGGUGCCCAUGGAGGCACCGGAUUUGCUCUAUUAUCAGUGUUAUACGCACAACAAUUUAGGAUGGAAAAUCCACGUAGUCAAUCCAGGAGCGUUGCCGAGCAAUGGCGAGGCACCUUCUAGAAGCGUAUCAAUCAUCGCAGUUGCAGCCAUAUGUCUUUUGACGGUUUCAGCCCUCACAAUACAUACACGUGGCCGUAUUUUCUAACGUUUUAAUGAGAAACCUGACAAUAAUUUUAUAUGAUAUUGACUGAUGAUUUCUGUGACGAGACAAUAACUUUAUCUCUCUAAAGCGUCCAUAUCAGCUAAAAAUAACGCUCUUUUGUGGUACAAUUUUUCAUAUCUGUCGAUGUGUCACGAGGUUCCUCGCAACAUUUCAACCCGAAAUCGAAAUAGUCCAGCUAAUUCUUACAUCGCACAUAUCGAGCCCAUAUCGUUUUACGUUUGGAGGCAUCAGGCAUCCACGACAAGAGGAACCAAGAAAAUUAUCGUGCAAACAUAUCAAAGACUUUGUAGAGAGAGUUUGGUUGAAAGUAGGUUAGCGACGUUGAAUUGGUUGAAUUAUGAGUAGAGUUUUUUGUGUUUUUGUUUCGUAGUAGAAAAAAGUAGAAGUCUUGAGAUGUUAAUUAUUAGAAACGUAGAUACGUAGAAAAGUCUUAACUUUAUCAAUCGGCCUGAGUGUCAUCACAGGCUGGUUAUAAACAAUGCAUAUUUCGUGUCUGAUGCCGCUCCUCGCCAAAAUAUCAGUUUGUUUCCGGAAGAGCUCAACUGAAACCGUUCCGAGGAACCUCGCUUAUUGUGACUUUAAUUUCAAUUUAUUAAAGUCAAUUUAGUACUAUACCUAAAAUAUACAAAGUAAGUGACAAUAAUGAUAUACCUAAGCUAAGAAUAUGAUGUGCACAAAAUUGACAAUAAUUUCUGAAUAUUUGUAAUAUAUAUAGUGAGCUAAUUCUAAGGCUGUUUUCGCUGACAAUAACAGUUAUUUUGUAACAUUUAUUAACAUUUUAAAUUGAUGGUGUUCACGAUAGGUAUCACACAUAUCCAUAUACGAUUUACGACAAUAAUAGUGUCUGUCUGUAUUUCAUUGAUGUUCACACGAUCAAACAGUUUAGGACAAGACAAUAAAAAGAUGGAACUAAAAGCGUCAAUUACUUAAGAUAAUGUUGCAACAAUACAGUUGAUGCUACUAAAACGUCGUUGUGUUUUAUUUAUUUAUGCAACUUGGCUUCAUUGCAUGAUGUUGGAGUGAACCGACAAUAAUGUUAUUAAAUUGUAAAUAAUCGUCUAUUCGAUUUGAAAUUUGACCGUGUGAUCUGUACUUAUAUAAAAUAUUUAGGAUACUCUGUAUCGAAUGUUGAUUUUUAUUUUAUUUCAUAUUUAUAGUUGUUAUAAAUUUUUAUAUUUUAAACAAGAUGUAGUGUUAUAUUAGAGUAGCGAAACGUUUAUAUACUGCGCAUUUAGGUGUUUUAAAUGGUACUUUCAGUGUUUUAUAUUAAAUUAUUCUCAUUAUGGUGUAGUUCGACUUUUUUAAAUGCAUCUCAUUAUACUUAAUCUGCUUGCAUCGUGGUGGUGCGAGCGGGCGUUAGUCCUUAAGUAAUUUAUGCAAUUUAAAAGAAUUCGUUUAUUCGAGUGCCUUUUGUAAUAUAUAUUUUUCACUUUGUAAAACAAUAGUUUAUUUGGACUACGGUAUUUAAAUUUCUCAUUGACUCCAUAUUUAGGUCGUCCUGUAAAUGUAUGCUAGUUAUCGAAUUUUAUUUAAUAAAUUUACUGUGAAA